CCAACUGUCAUGGAAGGGAAGAUGGCGGGUGCUUUGAAAGAAAAUCAACUCGCCCUAAAUGUUUACACCGCUCUACAGGCGGCGUCGUGUACGUUGGUGGAGGGACUGUUUCUCCGCGAGCCUGCCAGUAUGCUGGAUCUUCUGUGCACGCCCUCCCAGCAUCGCACCGAUAUCCUCACCUGGAUUUGUACCACUAUCAGUCCAUCUUUGAGUAAAAGGCUCUCCUCCAUAAGGACUAGAGACCCAGACACCCUGAACCAAGAGCUGGCUGGCUUUGGGCAUGAGAUGAUGUUGUGUGAAAUAAAUGACCUGGACUUGAUCAAGGGUAGCGUGUGCCCCCUGCGGCAGCUGCAGUUCCUGGAGCAGCUCCUGACUCUGGUCCCAGGCUGUGUGGGGCCUGCUGGAGACAGCCUCUUGAGAGAGCUGUUUAACCCAGAGGCUCAGUCCUGCCUCACACACAUCCUCCAGCCCUCCCUCAACCCCUGGCCUGUGGACAUCAGGGCUCCUAGGAAAGGUCAGAGGUCAGUACCCAGCAUGCCAAAGGCUAGGAUUGAUGAUGUCACAGCCCUCCUCCAGUCCACCGAGACUGCCCUUGAGCAACUACAGGCAGAGUGUGAGUUCCUGUGUGGGGAGGCUCAGCGUCCCAGCGUGUUCUCUGCGUGUGCGCUGCGUGUGGCGCUGUGUGACCUGCUGCAGCUCAUGGCUGCUUUUAGCCGUGUGUACGAGGCUGACCUCAGGCCCUACUGCAGCAGAGCGCCCCCUAGCCCCAGCACACACACACACACCUUCAGCAGAGUGCACCAGCUGCUGCUGGCCUGCAACACGGAGCUGAGUGUGCUGCAGCAGGUAUCUGAGGUGAGUGAGUGUGUGGUGGAGACUGUGAAGGACGUCAACUCAGGAGCUCUGCACUGGAGACAUGGAGAGAAGCACCCCCUCUGUAGCGGUCCAGUUGGAGGCUCUGUCCGGUAGAUACAGAGACUUCCUGCAUCAUCAGAGACUUCCUGCAUCAUCAGAGACUUCCUGCAUCAUCAGGACCCUCCAGCCAGGACCCACAACUGCUCUGCUCUGACCCUCCAGCCAGGACCCACAACUGCUCUGCUCUGACCCUCCAGCCAGGACCCACAACUGCUCUGCUCUGACCCUCCAGCCAGGACCCACAGCUGCUCUGCUUUGAUGAGCAGGCCAUCAAAACAUGUUUUAAUGUCACACUUUUACAGUUGGUAAAACUAUUUAAAGGUUAUGAAUUUCAUUCAGAUGUAUUCAUAGACUUGUGAGCAACGUGUAUACAUUUGUUUAAAUUACAACUUUUAUUUACUGUAAUUGUGUUUCUUUUCUUUGUCAAUAUCAGUUCUGACUGGAAUAUCACAAAAUAUUGAAUA